AUAAAUACGACUCCCCGUGGAGUUCACAACACAGAUCGGCUUUGGUCUUUUUGGCUUCCACUUUCCUUAGCUUCAGUUUGAGCUUCAGUUGCUAUCAUGAGACUGGGCGUGUUUCUACUGCUGUCAGUACUAUGGACGGCACAAGGAUUUCCCACUCAUAAAGGUUGCGUCGGAGGACCAGGCGGUCCCCCAGGUUGCGCCAGAGAACCAGGCGGUCCCCCAGGUUGCGCCAGUCCAGUGGUAUUUGUACCCGUCUACCUAGCUUCACCAUGCGGCCAUGGAGGUGGUGGAGGCGAUGAGGGAGAUGGUGGUGAUGGAAGGGACCAAGGAGAUGGUGGUGAAGGUGGAGGAAGCGGUGGAAGUGGAAGUGGAAGCGAAAAUGGAAGUGGAAGUGGUGCAGGUAGUGGAGGAAGCGGUGGAAGUGGAAGCGGUACCGGAAGUGGAGAAAGUGGUGGAAGCGGAAAUGCAAGUGGAACCGGAAGUGGAAGCGACAUCGGAAGUGGAAGUAGUAGCAGCAGCGAAAUUGGAAGUGGAAGUGGUAGCAGCAGCGAAAUUGGAAGUGGAAGUGGAAGCGACAGCGGAAGUGGAAGUGGUAGCGGCAGCGAAAUUGGAAGCGGAAGUGGAAGCGAAAGCGGAAAUGGAGUCUCGCCCUAGAAAGGCAACACGGCCACCAAGACGUCCAGGCGACAACUCGGGGAAACCUCAAGGGCCGGCCUCGGGAGAUGCCCUCUCGCUCGAACUAACCAUUAGAAAUAAAAACCACUGGAAGUCGCUUGUCUGUGAUUGCCAAACCUGUGAUUGUUGUUUAAAUCCUGAUUCCAUUUUUUUUCGGUAUUCACCUGAAUGUGACAUAAUGAAGAGUAAUCUGA